AUGGACGCCUUCACCCCAAACAUUAUCUCUGAUCCUCUCCCCCAGCACUUCAAGGCCCCUGCACUAGAGAUGUACGACGGGAACUUAGACCCCGACGACCAUCUAGAAAGUUUUAGAGUUUUCAAGAUACUCUAUUGGUAUUCUGACACCUUGACAUGCCAGACUUUCCAGGCCACCUUCAAGGGGGCUGCUCGUCGUUGGUUCUCCAGUCUCCCGCUUUGGUCAAUCAGCUCGUGGGAGCAAUUCGCCGACCUCUUCCUCGCCCGCUUCAUCAGUAGUCGAAGGUGCCAAAAGAGUGUGGUCUCGCUGAUGUCCACCAAGAAAAAGCGAGGUGAGAGUCUAUGGUCCUACAUUGACCGCUUUAAGAAUGAAGAACUCGAGGUCCGAGACCUCGACCCCAUGGUCUCUAUGCACGCUACUAUCAGCGGGCUUCUCCCCAAAUUGGCCCUAAAACGCUCGGUGGCCAAGACCCCACCGAAGAUGAAGAUGGAAUUCCACAAGAAGACCCAGAAGUACAUCCAGGCCAAGGAGGCUUCGGACGGGAAUAACCAGGAAAGGGAAGCUAAGCGCCAUAACGGGGCCCCGGAGAAGAAGCGGAAGAGCGAAGACCACUACCACAACAACAACAACAGCAAGGACAACAAAAAGCCAUCGGCCUUGGCCCUGGCUUACAACCAGUAUACGCCACUSAACUCCACCCAAACCCAGAUCAUGAUGCAGGUCGGGGGGAGAAAUUCAUGA